UUGGAAUAUUUUCUUUGGGACUUCAAACACACAAGGCCUCAUUAUAUUGGACUCGAACACGCGGUCUAUUCGCGAUGGAAGACUUCGAUCUCGCAGAUCUUGAAAAUGACUUCAUGUACGAAGAUUUGAGCCCAGAUUUAUACGAAUAUUACCAGCAAGAGGACUUAUCUUCACGGCGAUUUGGCUUCAUGCAUACUUUUAACCAGUGCUUUUGGCCGACAACGACCCAAACAGGAGAAAUCGUAGGUCCCUUGUUAGGUCUUUGCCUUGUUGUGAGGGUUAUAUCGAUCUUACCUGUGCCAAGAUGGACUGUACACUUGGUUUCCUUGGUAACUGGAUGUAUAACAAUGUACGUAUUUGUGAACCAGUAUGUAUGGUAUCCAAUUAUCAUGUGCCUGGUUGGGUACCCUUUGGUUUUUGUGCCUAAAGGAUAUAGAGGACCACUUAUGGCUGCUUUGUGUCUUGCUUAUAUACUGACAUGUGAAAUAUUCAUUGCUUCUCCUGACUCAUGGCAUAAAGUGAGAGGUUCUCAAAUGAUUCUAGCAAUGAAAAUAAUCAGCAUUGCCUUUGAUAGUGAUCAAGGUUUGUUAUCCAAGACGCCCAAUCCACUGGAAUAUUUUGGGUAUGCAUUAAGUGCAAAUGCAGUGAUCUUUGGACCAUUUAUGAGCUAUGAAAACUAUUCUCAGAUUCUAGCUGGAAAAAGACUGAGCUUUUCAUGGUUUUUUGGAGUUUUGAGAAGUUUUGUGUUGUGCUAUGUUUGUUUGAUCUAUUCAGUUUGCAUUUCUCCAUACAUAUUUGCUCAGAAUGACCACAAGUGGCUGGUAGCCUAUCAGACAGCCAUGUCAUUCAGAUUCAGCCAUUAUUUUGUCAGCUACAUGUCAGAAUGCACUAGUGUUGUAAGUGGUGUUGGUACAGAGGUGACACAAGAUGAGAAGAAAGUCACUAAAUGGCAAUUUGAUGUAGCCAGACCACAGCAUGUUGAGCUCCCACGAUCUCUUGUUGAAGUUGUCAUUCACUGGAAUGUUCCCAACCAUGUCUUUCUCAAGAACUAUGUGUUCAAGAAAGCCAGGUCACUUGGUAGAUUCGUUGCUAUUUUAUUAACCUUUGGCUGUAGUUCUUUACUGCACGGUCUGAAUUUCCAACUAACUGCCGUGUUGCUGUCUAUAGGGAUGUAUGCAUAUAUAGAACAUGUUUUUCGUAGUAAAUUAGCGUCGCUUUUCAGCGCUUGUAUCAUGGCUCGAAAAUGCCGACCAGACUGUGGACACUUCCACAAGGAGGGUCAGUUCUGGGUUCUAGCGACCAAUCUGUCGUUCGGUUUUCUCUCGGUGUUUCAUUUGGCGUAUCUUGGCAUCAUGUUCGGUGGUGAUGCAUCUGAACAAACACAGGGCUCCAGCAUGAGUUUCACGUUAAAGAAGUGGACUGAACUCGACUUUGCUAGUCACUGGGUCGCUAUGGCAACGUUACUCCUAUCAAUAAUCAUUCCUAAGACUAAUGCAUGAAAUAUUUACAAGGUAUAUGAUUAUAUUACGAUGGAUGCAUCGAUCAAAAAUGCGUAUGAUCGAGAGAGAAAAUGAACUAGUUCGUUUUCCCUUUGUACGAUCCAUUCCCGAACCCAUGGCUUUAAAAAACCUUUAAAUUUUAUCGAAACCUUGAAACAACCUCAGAGCUGUACUAAGUCACGGCACGGCUUAUUAACAGAUCGAAUUGGAAUUUAGUGUUAGGUUCUGUGGAGGUAGGAAAAACUCUGCGGAGAAAAACCUUGAAUGAAGAGAGAGACCAUACAAACUCUUCUUACAUGUGAUGUCAUCCCCUCGAUUAACUAUGCAGGAAUUGAACUCGAGACUCCAGAGGCGAGCCACUUCAGCUAUGUAAUCCUUGAGUCUUCUCUUCCUUAUCUUUCUCUUCCUCUUAAAUGAAAUUUCCUCUGCAGAUUUAUAAAUAGUAGAUUUUAUUUCAAUAAAAAACAUUUGUAGUAAA